AUGCCCGAAAGCCCGUUUCGAUCAGGGACGCCUUCAAAGAUGCCAUCAGCGUUCGGUGAGAAGACCUAUAAGAAAAAGAAUAACAUGCCGAGAAUCAUUGAUAGAAAUCGGCGAGUGACAGUCACAACAUUUGACUUGGCACCUAUUCAGGUAAGCAAGGAAGAACAUGAAAAAGAACGCUCUCGGUGGUUAGGAAAAAUGGAGGAAGUAGAGAAAAGGUUGAUGGAUGCAGAGACGUUGAACUCUUCACUCACAAUUAAUAAAGCUGAAUUGAAAAAGAAAAUAGUUGAAAUGGAGAAAGGACAACGCCCGAUGAUUGAUGCCAAUCGGAAACUAUCCGAUCGCAACAAGACUUUGCAACAGGAGAUGAAAAAAGUCGAGCAGAGAUUCAGCCACAGUCGGGACGAUUUUCUCACUCUGAAAGAUAUUCACGAACGCCUACUCAAAGAAAACGCCUGUCUCAAGGAAAAACGUGUAUCUCCUGAAAAGUUGGAAGAGCUAAGCCGGUACCGUGGAAAAGUUCUUGAGUACUCCAAAUGUAUCACAGCACUUCGAAGUUCUGCAUAUGAAAAAGACAAAAGAUAUGAGAUGUUGGUACAAAAGUUCAAACGCCUCCAAAAAUGUCUUAAGAAAAGUGAAACCGACGAUGACAGAAUGAGCAAUGGUGGAAGCGAUUGUUCAGCGGCAAGUACUGUCAGCCUUGAUACGAUUACAGAGGAUUUCGAAGAGGUAUUUGCCAAGGAUAUCGAGACUGACUAUCAGGCAUUGUAUAGAGAAAACGCCGAGUUGCAACGUGCUUUGAAUGAAUUGCAAUUGAACACCUCUGACCUGAGUGAAGAAAGCUUUCUACGAGACCAGAUCAGUUUUGCCAAUUCCACUAUCGAACAGCAACAACUUGUCAUUGACGCGACACAGGACAUGAUGUCCCAAACUGCUCAACUCAAAUCGACCAUUGCCGGUCAACAGGAACAUAUUCGGUGUUUGGAAACAACUAUUGAUGACUUGAAACAACAAAUCGAGUCGCAAACUGAGAGAAAUGAUGUGCUCGAGUUUCAAGUGCUCGAAAUGGAGGAAAAUCAAAAACAACAGGAAACUCUUGCUGAAAAGAGUGCAAAGUUCGAAUCAGAAAAAUGUCAACUUCUCAAAGAACUCGAGGAAGUUAAGAAGGCUCAUGCUACCCAACUCGAAAAUCUGACAUCAAUCAGAAAAGAACUCGAAGAGCACAAGUCAGCAGCUCCGUCAGUGAACCCAACAGCGUCCGAAUCGGAACAAGUGAAAGCCCUCCAACUAAAACUGGAACAAGCUGAAGCUGCUAAUGUUACGAUUAAUGAAGAACUGAGAUCGGCUUCCAAAGAACUCGGCAAGAUCAGAUUCCAAAUGCAAGGAAAAGAAAAUGACUUGAAUAGAGAAAGAAAGAUGACAGAGGCUCUCAGCGCACAACUUCAAUCAGUGGUGUCAUCAUCACAAGAAGAGGCAUUGAAGAAGGAAGAUGAACUCAAAAAACUCAAAGCCACAGUUGAGCAACAACAAUCAGAAAUUGAGAAAAUGAGUGCCGACAAGAAGGAAGCUGACCAGAAAUACAAGAACCUUGAGAAGGAAUUUGCAGCAUUCAAAGAUGAACAAAGACCAGAAAUUAGAACUGAAUUGGAGAGAAGAUUCGAGGAAGCCAAGUACAGACUCAAGAAUGCACUCGAAAAAAUUCAUGACUAUGAGCUUCUGUAUGAGGCAGCCAAAAAAGCAGAGAGUGAUGGUAAAAUCUCACAGCAUUUGGAGGAAGAGCUUAUUGAGGUCAAGGAGUUCAAUGCUCAUCUUGAACGUCAGUUCCAAGCACAAUCGGACAUCAUUGAAGCAUUGAAGAAGAAACUUUUGCAACAUAGAUCUUUCUGUGACAAGAUCAAUAAGUUGUCAGAGCUUGAAGAUGCUAGCAGAAUUCAAGAAGAGCUGGUGAUGUUCUCCAGAGAGAAUAAUUGUGAUGAGGGAAAACUGGCAGCAAAUAUUGCACUUAUUAUUAAGGAUAUUCGAAAAAACACAUUCUACUCGCCAUUGGAAAUCUCCACUGCUCACCAUAAGAUUCGCCCCUAUAGCUCCGUUGACUCAUCGGCCGAGUGGCAAUCGAACAGCAGUGAAGGAAUCGUCUCACCAGACGAGCAUGACGAAUAA